UUGCAUGACCUAUAUGACGUUUUGAUUGUCAAUACAUUAACUAAAUUAUCAUCUAACACUUUACUGUACAGUUUAUAAUGCUGUUAAGCCUCAUGACUACUUAAUAUGUUUUGUAGCAUUAACGCUUUUAUCUACUCCCCCCUCUUUUUUUUUUUUUUUUUUUGCUCUUAAAUUGCCCCACGGGUUAAGUAUUUUCUUUUCAAGUCAUAUGUUUUAAAAUUCAUCUUCCGCUUUAGGGUAAGACAGCCAAUUUCAGGAGAAGCAGCUCUGUACUGUAACCCAUAUGAAGCAUUAUAAAGUGUGUUUUGAAUAAGUUAAUAAUCACCACUAAUUUUGGCUUUAGACUACAGUUUAAUAUUAGUGGAAAAGAGUAAUCUUGAUAAAAAGUGGUUAAAAGAGGCACAUUUAUUGUUAAUGAACCUCAUAACCAAAACCAGAUGGGACCUCGAUCAACGGUAGACCUUUGGUCUCAGUGUGCCACCCUGGAGUACAAGGAUAAAUAGCCAUUAUUUCUCUAACUUUAUAGUUCUUCAAUUGACAUUCUUAAGGUUGCUUUUAAACCUACAGAUUAUCAUUGCUCUCCCCUCCCCAUCACCUCUUUCCUUGAUUAUAAUGGACAGAGUAAUCUACUGUUAAACAGAGGGGGAAAAAGAAAUGCUUACAGAAAGGCCAUGCUAAUAAUACAAGCUGGCUUUCAAAUCUGGAUUUGAGUAGCUUCUUCGUUAUAGUGUGUGUGUGUGUGUGUAUGUAUGUAUAUGUAUAUUUUUUUUAAGUGAAAGAUAUGUCGAAUUACCAGACAGCUGGAGAAAAGUGAUAAUUCUCAUAUUGUCUCUGGUUUUUCUAUAUAUGCUUCCCUCUCCCUUAGUGUCGGUGAACUCAGUACUUCAAGUACCAUGAAAGUUCAUAAAAGAAUUCUACUCAUCUGUUCAUAUUAAUGCUAGUUAAAACUGUAUUUUAGAAGUGAGUUUGAUAAUGUACUACUUUCUUAUAAACAGUAUGAAAAUUGAUGUCCAAUGUAUGAUACAACUGAAAAUAAGUAUCUGUUAAUUUUUUCUGAAGUUAAUUGAGAUGUUGACUUCAUUGCAUGCUGAGAUUAUUUUUGAACACUGGCAAUUGUAUUUUACCGAAAUUAUCAAGAUUUUUUUCAAAGCGAGUUUAGCGCUUCAAUCUAAUGUGUAUAUUAUGAAAUAUUUUCAAAAUUUUUGCUAUUUAAAUUGUUAACAUCAUUUUAUUACUAAAGGACCCGUAAAUAUUAACCCUAAGACAUGUGAGUUGUAACACUUCAGUACCGGGGCUAUUUGAAGAAAUCCUCCACUUCUGUCCAUUUGCUUAGGGGUGGAAUGAUUCAAUCACAUGUUUGAGACAAGACUUGACUAAAUCUUUAAAACAGGUCAUGUAACUCUUGAUACUUUGACAGUAGAAAAUUUUUCUACAAAUUAACUGUAAAGCCAAUAGAGAGUUUCAAAAGCAGAAGUUUGCUACCUUCUUUUGAGGUGGUGUAUAUGUAUGUAGAUAUAUUUUCUUCAUGAGAAACUGCAUAUAAAAAUAUAAGCAAAGACAUCAGAUCUAACUAAUAUUUUGGACUGUGAUAAUCUUUCCAUCUUUGAUUAAAGUGUUGUUAUUGUGUUCUGUAUUAAGUUUCUAAUUUUUAAAAAUUGGGACUACAUAAAUACAAUUUGUUAUUUUCUCUUUAGCUAUACUUGUAAAUUCUUGUUCUAAAAGUAAGCCCAUUCCCCCGCAGCCCCUCCCCAGUUAGUUUUGCUGGUGAUCUUUAGAGAGUAACUGAGUAUGGAUCAUUUGAACGAAGCAACUCAGGGGAAAGAACAUUCAGAAAUGUCUAACAAUGUGAACGAUCCAAAGGGUCCACCAGCCAAGAUUGCCCGCCUGGAGCAGAACGGGAGCCCGCUGGGAAGAGGAAGGCUUGGGAGCACAGGUGCAAAAAUGCAGGGAGUGCCUUUAAAACACUCGGGUCAUCUGAUGAAAAGCAACCUUAGGAAAGGAACCAUGCUACCGGUUUUCUGCGUGGUGGAACAUUAUGAAAAUGCCAUUGAGUACGAUUGCAAGGAGGAGCAUGCAGAAUUUGUGUUGGUGAGGAAGGAUAUGCUUUUCAACCAGCUGAUUGAAAUGGCCUUGCUGUCUCUGGGUUAUUCGCAUAGCUCUGCUGCCCAGGCCAAAGGGCUAAUCCAGGUUGGAAAGUGGAAUCCAGUCCCACUGUCUUAUGUGACUGAUGCCCCUGAUGCUACGGUAGCAGAUAUGCUUCAAGACGUGUAUCAUGUGGUCACGUUGAAAAUUCAGUUACACAGUUGCCCCAAACUAGAAGACCUGCCUCCGGAACAGUGGUCCCACACCACCGUCAGGAACGCGCUGAAGGACUUACUGAAGGAUAUGAAUCAGAGUUCCUUGGCCAAGGAGUGCCCCCUCUCACAGAGUAUGAUUUCUUCCAUUGUGAACAGCACUUACUAUGCAAAUGUCUCAGCAGCAAAAUGUCAAGAAUUUGGAAGGUGGUACAAACAUUUCAAGAAGACAAAAGAUAUGAUGGUGGAAAUGGAUACUCUCUCUGAACUAUCCCAGCAAGGUGCCAACCACGUCAACUUUGGCCAGCAGCCGGUCCCAGGGAACACCGCGGAGCAGCCCCCGUCCCCCGCGCAGCUCUCCCACGGCAGCCAGCCCUCUGUCCGGACCCCUCUUCCCAACCUGCACCCUGGGCUCGUGUCAACGCCCAUCAGUCCUCAGUUGGUCAACCAGCAGCUGGUGAUGGCUCAGCUGCUGAACCAGCAGUAUGCAGUGAACAGACUUCUAGCCCAGCAGUCCUUAAACCAACAGUACUUGAACCACCCUCCCCCUGUCAGUAGAUCUAUGAAUAAGCCUUUGGAGCAGCAGGUUUCCACCAACACAGAGGUGUCUUCCGAAAUCUACCAGUGGGUACGUGACGAACUGAAACGGGCAGGAAUCUCCCAGGCAGUAUUUGCACGUGUGGCUUUUAACAGAACUCAGGGCUUGCUUUCAGAAAUCCUACGAAAGGAAGAGGACCCCAAGACUGCAUCCCAGUCUUUGCUGGUAAACCUUCGGGCUAUGCAGAAUUUCUUGCAGUUACCGGAAGCUGAGAGAGAUCGAAUUUACCAGGAUGAAAGGGAAAGGAGCUUGAAUGCAGCCUCAGCGAUGGGUCCUGCCCCCCUGAUAAGCACACCGCCCAGCCGCCCUCCCCAGGUGAAAACAGCUACCAUUGCCACUGAGAGGAAUGGGAAACCAGAGAACAAUACCAUGAACAUUAAUGCUUCCAUUUACGACGAGAUUCAGCAGGAAAUGAAGCGCGCUAAAGUUUCCCAAGCUCUGUUUGCAAAGGUGGCAGCAACCAAAAGCCAGGGGUGGCUGUGUGAGCUAUUACGCUGGAAAGAAGAUCCUUCUCCAGAAAACAGGACCCUGUGGGAGAACCUCUCCAUGAUCCGAAGGUUCCUCAGUCUCCCUCAGCCUGAACGCGAUGCCAUUUAUGAACAGGAGAGCAACGCGGUGCAUCACCAUGGCGACCGGCCGCCCCACAUUAUCCACGUGCCCGCAGAGCAGAUUCAGAGCCCCUCUCCCAAGACCCCUGGGAAAGGAGAGUCUAGAGGCGUUUUCUUGCCAGGCCUGCCGACCCCUGCACCGUGGCGUGGUGCUGCUCCGCAGCAGCCGCAGGCGCAGCCGCAGCCGGCGCCGCCCCCCGCGCAGGCGCAGGUGCAGCAGCCUCCGGCCGGGCCCCGGCUACCCCCGCGGCAGCCCACCGUGGCCGCGCCCGCCGAGGCGGAGGACGAGAGCCGGCAGAAGGCGCGGCCGCGGACCAAGAUCUCGGUGGAGGCGCUGGGCAUCCUGCAGAGCUUCAUCCAGGACGUGGGCCUGUACCCGGACGAGGAGGCCAUCCAGACUCUGUCCGCUCAGCUGGACCUGCCCAAGUACACCAUCAUCAAGUUCUUUCAGAACCAGCGGUACUAUCUCAAACAUCACGGCAAGCUGAAGGACAACUCGGGCCUGGAGGUGGACGUGGCCGAGUACAAGGAAGAGGAGUUGCUUAAGGAUUUGGAGGAGAGUGUCCAAGACAAAAAUGCUAACACCCUUUUCUCGGUGAAACUAGAAGACGAGCUGGCGGUGGAAGGGAACACAGACAUUAACGCCGACGUCAAAGACUGAGAUGAAAGUCUUCUUUUCCUCCAUCAGCACCAGUGAAAUUGACUUAACGACACGGAAGGUCCACCCCUGUACUCGCUCAGCAAACCGUGUUGUCCAUUGUUUGGCCAAUGAAUCUUCAGAAACUUGCACAAACAGGAAAAUCGAGAAAGGAUGAUACAGACUGCACUAAGCGUUUUGCUCUCUUUUACAAACUGCUUGGCAGCCCCAGGUGAAGCAUCGGAUUGUUUGGUAUUAAAAAUGAAAAUUUGUGUUCACGAAACACACCCAGGUGUGUACCCCGUAAGCAUGAUACCAGUGAUUUUUUUUUUUAAUUAUUAUUCUGGAGCCUCAAACAAGCAUUAUAACUUCUGUGAUUAUUAUUUCCUUCCUUUAAUUAUUUCUGUAACACUUCACACUGAUCUUUGGAAACUCGCCCCUUGUUUUAAAAAGAAAAAAGAAAAAAAGAGUUUGUUACUCUAUUGUAUGUUACAAAAGAACUAUAGACUGUGGAAUGCAGUUAAAAGAUGACAUAUGCCAACAAAUGCCUUGUAUUAUAUGGCACUGCCGUAAUUCAAAUUUGUUUUUAUUUUGGAAAUAAAAGUUCACUGUAAUUUUUUUUCAUUCUCAUUGUUACAUGAUUUUUUAAAAAAUGAAAAGAAAAUGUGAAACACAGUUUAGUCCUCAUUAUUUAUUUGUAGAUCCUGCAGCAUCAUGUUGUAAUUAAUUUUUUGGAAGUUUCCGUUAAAUGUAAAAUUGCUUCUCUUGUUACCAUACUGAUUCUUUUCUAUUUAUAAAUGUAUUUUGAUGGGCAGUAAAACAAAGUGUCUUAAAAGUUUUAAAUAGAUAAAAUGUGCUUUACACAGUUGCCUAUAAAAAGUGCUCUAUGUUAUCCAAGCAAUUCAUACUAUAAGCUUCACUCUUAUUGUUGUAUGCAAUUUUUACUAUCAUGCAAAUAAGCUUAGGUAAAUAAAACUAAUAGAUCACCUUAGAAAAUUAUGCAAUUAAUGUGAAAAUAAUUGAUGUUUGCAAUGUGUCUUCCUUUGGUUUACAAUCAAUUUUAAAGCUACAUCUGUAUAAAAUUUCUGUAUAAAGGUGUUAUUUCUUUUUUAUGAGUUUAUGGCUAUGAAAACACCAGCUAUUUUGUUACAGCUGGCUGUUUUUAUAAGUGUAUCACAAUUUUCUUUAUGCAGAAAUGUUCUGAUUAGGAGUGAUUAUUGACUGUAACUACACAAUUAAAAUUGUUUGUAUGGUAUGACAUGGUAGGGUUUGUCUCCUUAUGUGAAGUAACUUACAGAGUCCAAGACAGCCCUCUCAGUUAGAUGCAUGUUAAUACUUUCUUGAUAUUUUACAGAUCUGAAAAAGAGCAAUUGAAAAGUCACUUGAAACACUGUAUAUUUAAAUCACAAACACAUGCUCAUUUUUUAAGUUUAACAAUGAAGAUGAUAACCUGUUUUUGGUUAACAUAUUACUUAAUAAACAGAGAUAGGAGGAUGGUCAAAAGACUCGCCAACAAAUACAUCAAUUCAGUCUCUAGCAGAUAGGUGCUUAGAAUGGAUUCAUCUGCAUUUACUUCACAAUACUUCCAUCAUGGCGACACUUUUUUUAAGCUGAUGUAUGAAUAUUUUUAAAGGCCAUUAAUAGUAACAUAAGUAGGGGAAAAAAUGGACCUUCUGUUUAAAAACUCCUUUGUAAGCAAUGUAUUUUUUUUUUUAGUUGUAAAUGGAAUAUAACUUAAUAACUCUGAGCUCAUUUGGUUGUGUAUGUCAUAACUAUAAGACCUCCAUGAAGAAAAUAAGAAUAACAUGCCUGGGAUUGAAACACGCACUUCAAAAUUCUUGCGACAUAAAACUUAGUAAACUCCAAGAUAUAAAGUGAGGUGUGCUAAUGGUCAUGAAAAGGAUUGGGGCCAGUGUUCCAGUUUUUGGUUAUUUUUUUUUUCACAUUCACUUUAUCUUUUGCUGCUGCUUUUUAAGAUUUCCUACUUGUUAGCAGGUGUCUGUUUUCCUUUGCUUCUGAAAUCGCCCACUCUCUUCCUGCCCAUCUUUUCCCUGGGCCCUGAUGAGCCCAUCGGCGGGUAACUGGACUGCUUUAAUGCUGAACUUAAGAAAAUAAAAUGGGAUCGCUGAAAACUCCCAAUUCAGCUUUCAAAUUUACUAUUUACUUUUGAAGCACAGCUGAACUACUUCAAAGGCACCUGGUUUGCUGUAAACUUAAAAUUAUAUUGGAAAAGUUUUCAAUUCAUUAAAUGAGAGAACAACUUUGAAAUAUUCUUGCUUAUUACUAGGGUUCAGGAAAUCAUUUAAGCAAAAGAAAUUUGAGGUAAAAUAGAAACUAGAUAGUGUGUAUUAAAAAUAAUAAUUAAAUAAAAUAAUAUGCCAGGAAGCUUAAAGUAAAGCAACCUAUCUUCUUUCUUUGAGUUUAAAGGGAAAACCUAGAGCAGAGGGUAGUUUGUUUGUAUUUUUUUCCUACACCAGCACAACACCUAAUAAUAAGGUGUCAGAGAUUUAAUCACAUUUAGAAGGAGAAUUUGGGUUGCGAAUAAGAUUUUCUCAUUCCCAGUAACCUCCUAACUUCUUUGGAAAUAACGUUUUCAAUGAGUUGCUGAGUGUGUGUAAGAAAUCAACAUGACAAUACUAAUAAAAUUCUCACUUAGACCCUUUAA